GCCACAAAAUGUCAACCAAUUCUCAAAAGUUCAGUUGUUAUAUAUAACCAUCGAACUCCAUUCCCUAAUCUCUGCAAGUUUCUGCUUCCAUGGAGAAUUAUUUCCUCUUCAUGAUCCUGACAUUCAGUUUUGUCACAAUCGCAAGAUCAAGUCAUCCUGGCUGGCCGGAGAAGAGACUUCCGGGGGCAUGGCUGAACCACGGCGGCGACAUCUACAAUCACAGAUAUGCCGAAGGCGAAUCCAAGAUUAGUCCUUUGACAUCUCCAAGUCUGCAUCUCGAGUGGGAAUUUGAGCUGGCGUCGUGUAUUUUCCAAGCUGGAACGGACACAUAUACGCUGUAAGAGCGUCGAACGGAUCCCUUGUCUGGAAACAGAGCCUUCAGGAGUUGACAGGGCUUAACCUGACUGUCCCUAUCCCAAAUGUCACAGCGACCAUGUCCAGAGCUACCCCGACGGUGGCUGGCGACAAACUGAUCGUCACUGUAUACGGACCAGCGUACGUCGUCGCUUUGAAACUCGAGACAGGGGAGCUUCUUUGGAUGCAGCAACUUGACAAGCACCCCGCGGCUGCCAUUACAAUGUCAGGAACUUAUUACAAAGGGGGAUUCUUUGUCGGGACAUCGUUGUUCCAGAAGAGCUUCCGCAUCGAAAACUGCUGCACAUUCCGAGGAAGCUUCGUCCGAUUAGAUGCCAAGACAGGGGCGAUUACCUGGCAGACAUUCAUGGUCCCGGAGAACGACGGGCAACAGGGAGGAUACGCCGGAGGAGCUGUCUUGGGACGCAGCCCGUCCAUCGACACAUGCCGGAAUCAUAUAUACAUCGCGACAGGGAUACUCGACUCCGCACCGCAACCCGUCCAAGACUGCCAGAAUGCGCAGAACAAUCAGACGUUUCCGUCCCAUCCCGACAACUGCACCGACCCCGACGACCACACCAACUCCAUUCUCGCCCUCGACAUCGCCUCUGGCGAAAUCAGGUGGUACCGGCAGCUCGGAGGGUACAACGUCUGGCUCCACGCCUGCACAAACUCCCCCCCGGCGUGCCCCUCCCGCCCAACUCCGUACGCUGAGUUUGGCGAGGUGCCGAUGAUUUUUAGCAGGCAUGUAAAUGGAGUCGAGCACGACGUCGUCGCUGCUGUUCAGAAAAGUGGAUUCGUCUGGACGCUGGACCGGGACAACGGCGACAUCGUUUGGUUCACGGUUACCCAAUUUCUUCAUCGAAUAAUUAAUGAUACGUAUCUCUUCAAGCUUCAAUCGCCAUUGUCAAGUUUUAAAAUUGCAGGAAGCAGGGCCCUGAAGUUUCAGUGGAGGAGGAAUUUGGGGAGCAGCAACGGACAAGAGAAGGGUUUACACAAACAUCGUCAAUGGGAACGAUCUGAACUUCACAUUGUCGCCAUCGGGCAACGUCACAAGAGGAGGAGGCUGGGUGGCAAUGGACGCAACGACGGGGAGGAUAAUAUGGUCGACGGCGGUUCCACACAGCGCUACGUCGAAUCCUGUAAUGGUGGCCAACGGUGUUCUCUUCGCUGGCUCGACGUAUCGAACGGGGCCUGUAUACGCGAUCGACGCCGAGAACGAGGAAAUACUUUGGUCGUACGAGACGGGGGCGUCUGUUUAUGGUGGCUUCUCUGUGAGCAAAGGUUGUGUCUACGUCGGAAGUGGCUACGGCGUGAGCUUAGGAGCUUCGAAUCCGUUGUUCACUGCCAGAACUUCGAAGUUUUCCUUCUGUGUCUGAUCAAAACCUGGAUGAGAUUACAACAGCAAUCUGGGAAUGUAAUAAAAAAAACACUCUUCCAUUCGAAAUAA